AUGUUGUUCAAUCGCCUUUUCUCAUUUAUUGCUUUGGCUUCACUCGCAGUUCCGAUCCUGUCUGCGCCCCUUCCCCUUCCCAAAGAAUUCGAGAUCGAGCACGGUCCGGUUGAAGUGGAGGUCGAGUGUAAGGGGAAAAAGUUGGAAACGGAAGUGGAGAUCGAGAGACGCUCGCCGGAAACUGAAAUCGAGACCGAAACAAAGAGCGAGCUAUUCAAACCCGUCGGCAUCGGUCCUGUCGGCGCAAAGCAAAUUGGACGAUCUGAAGCCGAAAUUUGGCAAGAAGCUCUGAAUGGUCCUCUUGGUUCUAUCGAGAAAAAAGUUGGCACUCUAAUGGGCGAGGUGCAUGAGGGUGUCAAUGCUCUCAACAAAGAUAUGAAGUCAUUCAUUGGUGCGGAUCAGAGCACAGUUUAUGGAAACCCGUCGGGCGGAGCACAGCUCACCGGCACCGAGCUCGCUAAAAUUGUUUCUACAUAUUUAUUGCACAUCGCUCAAAUAGAAGAUGCCACUAAGCAUGUUAGUGGAUACAAAUUCACCUCGGCGCAACAUAAGAUUCGCGAAGAUCUUCUGUCAAUGAAGAAGACUCUGGGUACCAUUUCCCCAGAGGUGCUAGGUGGUACUGCGAACAUGAUGUCGGCGGCCCUUAGCAUGGGCCACGGUUUUAUUGCCUAG